AUAGAUGAUAUACGGCUUCUGCAAAUCAAAGAUAAUCCUGUUGCCUUGUUUCAGCAGCCACAAUGAAUCAGGGUGGCUAUAAUGAUAGUAUAGAAGUUGCCGGUAUUGUUCUCUACUAUUUCCUGGAAAACUCCUCCAAUGUUAGUUUUGCUUCCAGCCUUUGUAGCUUGAAAACACAGUUGUUAGCACCAAAGUGUUAUAGUGUAUAUGAUGAUGGGGAGCUUCAGACAGAUGGCAAUAAUUUUGGACGAGUAGAAGACAGAGCACUGGGUGAACAAGCACCGGUGGUCGAUGAGGCAAUUUUCCGAAAAAUAGGAGUGCAGUUGGCUGUAAUCGGUGAUAAACUGGCUGCUGAGAUUGAGCACCCAUUUGUGGACAACCUGGCAGAACACUUCAGGAUGGAAAAUGUGCCCAGUCAGGUGAUCACCAAGCACCUGUCUGACGCAGUGAAAAAGGUCGUGGCAAGAAUGCCUCCGGAAAUAGAAAAGGAAAAAGCCAUGUUAGUGGCCGCAAUGGUUUUGGCCAAGAAAGUAGCCAAUGUAGUCCCUGCGUCGCUGCAGCAGGUGUUCAACACAACAGUGAAUUAUAUCAACCAGAACCUCCACAAUUAUGUGAACCAUUUGGCACCUGAGAACUGAACAAAAGGGAUGCACAUCUGAAUGCAAGAACCAAUUUGUUUUUUUAAAAAGUUUUUAAAGAUUAAGAAAAAUCGUGUCAUUUUGGUAUUUUAAUUUUUUGAAUUUUUUAUCAACAGUCAUGUAUUUUCUACAUAGUUGAUUUGAGAUAUGAAUUGGCAGGCCUCCUUUUAUACUUGAAAUCUUGGGCCAUUUUUUAUGUCUCUUAUAGAAGCAAAGUGGUUUUUUUUUAAUUCUCAGGAUUGUGGUGUUGAUGGCAUCUCUCCUUGAAAACAGGAAUAGAAGCUAAUGACCACCUUAAAAUACCAUUAGACAGUCUGUUCUUCCACUUGUUAUAUAAGUGAAUAGUUGAUGGAAUAUGCUUGAUUCAUAGUUGUGAAUUUUUUUUAAAGAAAUGCAUGCUAUUCUGAUCCAUUUAUCUGCCAUUUAAAAAUUGCCAUAAUAUAAAGUCUUAAAAACUUAAAA